AUGAGACAGUUAGCCCACACGGCGUCCGUGGUAGGCGACAACGACCGAAAGGCAUGGCAGUGCACCAAGGGGAAGUUGAGCGCCCACUGGUUCAUGAAGGAGCUCAAUACUUCCAGAUGCAGCGCCACCCUGAAAGCGGCCUACCACAGACAGUCGGUGGGAGGCGAUCAGGGCGACUCGACGUCAAGCACGGGAGCAGUGGCUGUCCUCGGAGACACCUGUGACCCCUCACCUCCUUAUCAAGCUCAAGGUGCCGCAAUGGCCGUAGAGGACGGUGCGACUUUGGGAAUCUUGCUGGGAAAAUUCUCACGGGCUCAUCCGAAUCAGAAAGCCACUGGCACCCAGAUCUCAGACCUGUUUGGAUUCUAUGAAAUACUACGAAAGAAGAGGACGACAGUCAACGUUGAAGGGUCAAUUGAGAACCAAGUUUUGUACCAUAUGGAGGACGGUCCGGGUGAAGACGCACGAGACAAAGCAUUUGCGAACGUCAACUGA